UUCAUCUGUGUCGCUUCUUGUUGCACCUCGAGGUCUCCUCGACCAUGUCCGCCCGCUCGCUUCCCUCCACCUCGCUCUCCGAACUCUGAACCCUAGCGAAUCCCGCUGGGACCGGAUCCUCAAUCCCGCUGCCUCCCUCACCUUCCUUCUUUGCCGCUAUGCCGGAGAUGGAGUUCCGCUUCCGCACCGUUACCCUCUCUGGAAUCCGCACCCCAGACGAGGCCUCCGACCAUCAUCCGCCCCUCUUUGCCGCCGGUGUCCACCUCUUUCUGGAUCUCCGAUGGGAUCAUGAAUCACCCGACAUUAAUCCAACCCCUAGAAGAAAGCUCGCUCCUUUGGCCGCCAUCCUCCCCGGAAUCCAGGCCUCAGACAACCCUUUCACCCUCUUCGCCGUCGGGCGGCACCUCUCUCAGUAUCCCCGAUGCAAGCCCGAAUCUCCUAUUUCUACACCCCCUCACCGCUUAAAUCCCGCUCCUUUCGCCGCAAUCGGAUGGGUAUCCGCUGCCACCCGCUGGAAUCCCUUGACAUCGAUCAGCUUAUCCGUGAAGGGGGGCGACGAUUUGGAAUCAGUGGCUUCAUCGGUGACGGAGGGCCAGCAAAUUAGUGAUAUCCAAAACAGGAACAAAAAGCAGGAUACCAAUCGCAGAGUCCAGAGGGCGAAAGCCACCGCCAUGAAUACCACCAAGCACCUCUGGUCAGGCGCCGUCGCCGCCAUGGUUUCCAGAACCUUCGUUGCUCCUCUCGAGAGGCUGAAGCUUGAAUACAUCCUUCGCGGCGAACAGAGCCAUCUGUUUGCCCUCGUCCACAAAAUCGCCACCACGCAAGGCCUCAAGGGCUUCUGGAAAGGCAACCUUGCGAACAUUCUUCGCACUGCGCCCUUUAAAGCAGUUCACUUCUGCGCUUACGACACUUACCGGAAGCAGCUCCUUCAACUCUCCGGCAAACAAGAGAUCACCAACUUCGAGCGGUUCAUUGCUGGUGCUGCCGCUGGCAUCACAGCAACUGUCCUCUGCAUUCCAAUGGACACGAUUCGAACCAAGAUGGUGGCGCCCGGAGGGGAAGCUUUAGGUGGCAUUGUCGGGGCUUUUCGAUACAUGGUGCGUACCGAGGGGUUCUUCUCGCUUUACAAGGGGCUUGUGCCGUCCCUUGUGAGCAUGGCACCUUCGGGUGCGGUCUUCUACGGUGUUUACGAUAUGUUGAAGGCAGCUUAUUUGAGUUCACCGGAGGGGAAAAAGAGGGUGACUCUGAUGAGGCAGCAAGAAGGGAAGCAGGUGAAUGCACUGGAUCAGCUGGAGCUUGGACCCUUGAGGACGUUGUUGUAUGGGGCAGUCGCCGGUUGUUGUGCUGAAGCGGCUACGUACCCAUUUGAGGUGGUGCGGCGGCAGUUGCAGAUGCAGGUUCGUGCAAACAAGAUGAGUGCAGCGGCGACGCUCGUGAAGAUAGUCGAGCAAGGUGGUCUGCCUGCACUCUAUGCCGGUGUGGUUCCCAGCUUGUUACAGGUGUUACCUUCUGCUUCCAUUAGUUACUUGGUGUAUGAGGUCAUGAAGAUAGUGCUGAAGGUGCAAUGAAACAGGUGACAAGUCAUGCAUCUUCCAUUCUUUAACCAUUUGAGAAAGGAUUCUUGCAAGUUGCUUCUUUCUUUUAAUUUUUUUUUUCUUUACUCUUACUGCUAAUGUAUUCGAAUAAACCAAAUCAGAGACAUCAAGCUUUAUU